CUGACAUCUUCAUCAUAUAUUUGUCAAUAGGUGUUUCUUUCUCUGCGGAACUCCAUAUCCAUUUAUUGGAAAUACAGUUCUCGACAAUUACUGCAGGACUUUAGCAGGAAUGCAGCGAAACAGGAACAAACUGGACAGCACUGUUGUCUUCUCCCCAUUGCCUCAGAGUCCAGAUGAGCAGCAGGGUGGCACCAAGCUGCCAGGCGAAGCCGCCACAAACGCUGCACAAACACUGCUGUGUGUGAUGCUGAGUGUGGUGCUGUGUGGCAUCGCCAUAGAGACCUAUUUCAUCAGCUGCUUCUUCCAUUCUGCACCUGCUGUUUCAGAGCUGAUUUCUGGUGACAACUUUUCAGUUCCUGUCACAGGACGAGAUGGACGCAGCCGUGUUCUGAAUUCAAAACCGAUGGCACAUCUGUAUGAUGUGUCAGGCGUAGUUCAUGAAAGUCAGGUCAUGCACUGGAGCUUGAACCGCUCUCUUCUUCAUGACAUGAGAUACGGCGACGGGAGACUUGAAGUCCAGAAGGAGGGAUACUACUUUGUUUAUUCCAAAGUCUCCUUCAUUGGGAGCAGUGCAUAUUACCACAGUGUUAUGCGUUUCUAUCCUGAAACAACCCUCAUGAGGUCUCAGAGCACUCAAUUUGGAGACAGCUACCUGGGUGGAAUUUUUCAUUUCCACAAAGGCCAGACUAUUUAUGUUAGUGUUAGCAAUACCGUAAAUACUCUGAAAAACACUUCCUUCGAAAAUUUCUUUGGUGCAUUCAUGAUCUAGUUAACGCCGACAAACUCUGAUUAAUGAUUUGUGUUGAAGGCUUAAAUAAUUCUUCUGCUUCGUAGUGUGAGUGUGUCUGCAGAUGUUCGUGUACUUUGCUGCCUUGAAAUGAAACUUGUGAGCUUGUGGUUACCACAUGGGAAGUCAUGUUCACCGCAAGUGAACUCAGACUUUCUCGAGAAAAAAAAAAAGGGUACGAGAUGAACAUGAUGAACUUGCUUCUGUUUGAAGAGAAGAAACGGCCCUGGACAUUAUUUCUUAUUUCUUCUUAAUCUGAUCAAUUGUUACAUGGAUGGUGAAUAAAAUGAGCUGAUCAGAAGUAUGUGUUCACAAUAUGACCAAGUGUUAGUUGGUAAAUAUGUGGAUGUAUGUGAUUGGUUGGCUUCAUGUCACAUGACCAACCAGCUGGACAGGACUGUAGCCAUAGUUCAUUUGUAAUUUAUGGACCGUCGCUGGUCUUAACUAUUAAAACCACAAGACAAACAAAAGUCGAGACUUCACGUUUAAUAAUCAACAUCAGUCAUUCUUCAAAUAAAACCCUCUCAAACCCUGAACUUUAAUGUAUUCAAACUAAACACACUGAAAUACACAGAGCAGUAUCAAAACAACAGAAAAGCAAAAGGGGG